AAAUAAUGUUUCAUGACUAAUAAUGUUAUCAUGAAAAGUGAGUCACUUUUAUACACUGUUUUGAAUCGUGUCAUUCGAGAACAUUGUUAUUCAUUUCAUUGCAUUUUCGUGCAGCAACAGUAGCGAGAAUAUCGCCUGCCUUUUUACCGAGCAAACUCGUGCUUUAAUAUUUUUCUAACGGUGCAAUAUAAUAAUCGUAUUGUUGCAUCGAAUACGGUUAAAUGAGGACGCAUAGUACGGUGCCAGUAAUUAGUAAACGUUCACGUUAUUUCGCGAUCGAUGACUCCGUUGUGCGUGUUAACGUUGUACACAAAUACUGCACUGCCGACGUAUAAUUUACUUUGAUAAAAAUAGUUAUGUAAUGGUGGUGUGCAUGUCAAACAUAAGAAAAUGUUCUGAUAAAACAUCAACGGUUAUGGCACACGGUUUUUCUUUAGGUAGGCGAUUCGUCAGUCUUAGAUGCGAGGUUAAGUCCAUACUGCCUCGUUGUUUUUUGUAUCUAGCUUUCUUAUAAUUAAUCGGAUAAAUAUAUUUCAACAACACUAAUAUGUCGUUAAAAAACGUUGUCGAGUGGACACCUGCUGAUGUAAUGGAAUGGCUUAUGAAAAAUGAUUUCGAUGAAUGUGCAACUCUAUUUUACAAUCAUGAAGUUGAUGGGAAAGUACUUCUGACACUGAAGGAAGAAGAUUUAAAAUCUGAUAUCUUGAAGAUAAGAAAGAUUGGCGUUAUAAAAAAAUUAUAUCUUGCUAUUAAGCAGUUGCAAAGGGAUAACAUUGCUGCUUUAUUCGACUUGGGAUAUGUGGAUUUAUUUCCAUCGCCAAAUUUUUAUACUCAUCAGAAUAAGCAUGAAAUGCCCAGUACAGGUACAGGUACAAAUAAUGAAACAUCCACAGAGCAUGAAUUUUAUUCAGCUUCUGUGUCCGAAGAUGGACAUGCUUCUCAUUUACCACCUGAAAUUUGGAAGACGUUCAUUAGUUUGGGAUAUUUGUUUAUCGUCACAUGGAUUACUGCCUUUGUAAUGGUCAUUGUUCACGAUCGAGUACCUGAUAUGAAAAAGUAUCCUCCUUUGCCAGACAUAUUUUUAGAUAAUGUACCCCAUAUUCCAUGGGCAUUUGAUAUGUGUGAAGUUACUGGAACUCUGCUUUUUGCGAUAUGGCUUGCUGUGCUUAUAUUUCACAAGUAUAGAUUUAUUUUGCUACGGAGAUUUUUUGCACUGUCGGGUACAGUCUUCCUACUGAGAUGCGUAACCAUGCUCAUCACUUCUUUAUCAGUACCAGGUGCACAUCUGCAAUGUCAGCCACGAAAAGUUCCAGAUGAAGACUGGUCCAGUUCUGCAUAUGUCGAGUUGUAUAAUAAAAUAGCGAUGGCUUAUGUUAUUUGGCGGGGAGCCGGCAUGUCUAUUCAAGGUGUCAGAACUUGUGGGGAUUAUAUGUUUAGUGGGCAUACAGUGGCAUUAACUAUGCUAAAUUUUUUCAUUACGGAGUAUACUCCGAGACAUUUGUAUUUUUUGCAUACUUUUACAUGGAUGCUCAACAUGUUUGGUAUCUUCUUCAUCUUGGCGGCACAUGAGCAUUAUUCUAUCGAUGUUUUUGUAGCGUUUUAUAUAACUUCUCGAUUAUUUCUUUAUUAUCAUACGCUGGCGAAUAAUCAAGCCUUGAUGCAGCGCGAUUCGAUUAGAACCAGGAUUUGGUUUCCACUAUUCAGUUUUUUCGAGUCGUCUGUCGAUGGUAUUGUUCCUAAUGAGUUCGAAUCGCCGUCCUUAAUAGUUUGCAAUUUGGUAGAUACAGGAAGAAACGUCUGGCACUGUGUACGGUCUUGUGUUCAUCUUCGAAAAACGCAGCGCAAUGUGAAUGGCAAUUUAAACAGCUCAAAAAAAGAACACUAACAUUGAA